AAUCCAUAUGAGACAAGUACAGCUUAAAAAAGAUACCUUCAGGAAACCUUUAAGCAUCCUAAGUGCAGUCUGAGCAACUAAAUUGAUUAUCAGUACUUAAACAAUACAGAAAAACAAUGGGAUUUCUUAUUCUUUAUUAUUUGAUAUGUUAUCAGCCAAGAGGAAAAUAACGCUAUUAGGAAGGAUUAGAGGACCGCUGAGAUGACUAAAGAGUAGUUUCUGACCAAAGGAACCUGAAUGGUGGCUAAAACAGGAUCGUUCUUCUAAAACCAGAGCGGAUGGUUAAACGACUCCCUUCCAACUCCGCCUCCUCAGUCCGGGAGAGGAGGAGAGGAAGGGAACUGUUGCAAUCGUGUUGCCAUGAGCACGCGGCUGCAGGCUGCUCGUGCGACUGGGAUCCUGCCGCAUCCGCAGCGCACGAAUUGACUUGAGUUUGGAGGAUGAAGUCCAACCCAAAGCAUAUGGUUCCCCCAGUGAGCAGGGACAGAAUAAUCUCCCGGUUUCCUAAGUGGUACACUCCUGAGGCCUGUCUUCAGUUCAAAGACCACUUCCACGCACAGCUCAGGACUGCCUGUCAGCAGAGCACUGGAACAGCUGGGCAAGUUUCUAAUAAACCAAGUGUGCAACGAGACAAGAUGAAAAUAUCCAAAGUGGUUGUGGUAGGAGACGUCUAUGUUGGUAAAACCAGCCUCAUCCACAGGUUCUGUAAAGAUCAUUUUGAACGAGAUUACAAGGCCACCAUUGGGGUGGAUUUUGAAAUUGAACGUUUUGAAAUAGUUGGAAUACCAUAUCAUCUCCAGAUAUGGGACACGGCAGGUCAGGAAAAGUUCAAGUGCAUUGCAUCUGCUUAUUACCGAGGAGCUGAGGUUAUAAUAACAGUGUUUAAUCUAGCUGAUAUCCAGACAUUGGAUCACACCAAGCAGUGGCUCGAAGAUGCCUUGAGGGAAAAUGAACCAAAUUCUAUCUUCAUCUUUCUUGUUGGAACAAAAAAAGAUUUGGUGUCAGAUGCUGUUUGUAAGAAGACAGAGCUAGAUGCUAUCCGCUUUGCCAAUGACAUGCAAGCAGAAUACUGGUCAGUUUCAGCCAAAACAGGGGAAAAUGUCAAAGAGUUAUUCUUCCGAGUUGCUGCCUUGGCCUUUGAACAGUCUAUGAUAAGGGAGCUAGAGAAAACCACGGGGCACAUGGCUCAAAUUGGGACAGAAAACCUCAUCAGACUGGAACAGAACCUGAUGGAAAUCCCAGAAGGCAACAAUCAAGAAAGCUUGAGUUGCUGUUGACUUUCAACUCUUUCUGCAAGUGCCACGCUUUUCUGUAGUACAGCCUAGAACACCUGCAACAACAAAAGCUCUAAAACCAGAAGUAAAAACUUGUAUUUUUAGAAAUGAGAGAGAAAAACCUUAUUCAGACUUCCUUUCUAAGACUUCUUUUAUUGUUGAAGGCUUACUUGUGCUGAAAUCUAUAGUUAUAUAGACUUCUCUCUGUGUAGUAAAAAUGACAUACUUGUCUCAGUGCAAGAAGACAUUGCCAGCACUAUGUGCUCACCUGUGUGCCACCACAACUUGUAGUCAAAAGUUAUGUGAUUUAAUCAUGUUGGGUUAUUAUUAAAUAAUUCUCUAGAAAUCUUGGAUACUGAAGUUGCAUUCUUAUGGGAGCAGAAAGAAAGAAAGGAAUAGUUAUGAAAGUACACAAAUGCAGGCUGUGUAGUUUUCAUUGUGAUUUUUCCAUUCAGAAAAAAAAAAAACAACAAAAAACUGUGCUUUUGUCCUUUUCCACUAAAGAAUCAAAGCCCAACAUCCAAAUAUUCCCAAGCCUGGGAGAGGUCCUGAUAGAAACUUCACUGUUUUAUCCUGGUUGCCAAAUAUUAAAUAAAUGCUAGCAGAUAAUAAUGGUAUAAUUUUUCAGCCUCUUCAGUAUGAAAGAAUAGUCUCAUAAUAGUGCAUGACAUAUUUCAUGCAAGUAUAAAAUGAUGCAUGAUAUAUUUUCAGUCUUCCAUAAGGGAUGCAGAAUUCUUCUUUGCAUUGAUCUUCAUAAAUAUUGUCUACACUGCAGUUCCAUUUAGUUGCUAAGAAUAAUUGCUGGCAUUUUAUUGUAAUUUCUUAUUUCUUGUUUGUUUAUAGUAUUGUAACGUUAUUUUGGAGCCAUAUGCAGACUCAGUCAUAGUCAUACCUACCUGUGGUAGGAACUCUCAGCUAGUAAGGUUAGAUUCAGUACUCUUGCUAAACUUUUAUUCAAUUUUAUUUCAAAUACCCUUUGACUUAACCUUGUGCAGUUAUUUAGAAAUUACAAUCAUUGCCUAAUAUGGGGGAAAUUGGCUCUAGGCACCUCUGAAUGCCACACAAGUAAAGCAGCUUUACAAAGAUCUGCUUAUCAGGUAGGAAUGACUGAUGCCAAAAGAUACUGCUGUUAUAAAAACCAUUCCUGCUAAUAAAUGACAUUGCCAGAAAUUUGAAUGACAAAUAACAUUGUCUGAAAUUACAGUAUAAAUAUUUACUGAGUAUAUGUGAUUGUGUUAGUAUGAUUGAUUUUGGUGAUUAGGUUUCAAUCUAAAGGGGGUAUAUGGGAAAGAAAGGGACAGACUCUUUAACAGGUCUGUGUGAUAGGACAAGAGGAAAUGGUUUCAAAUUAAAAGAGGGAAGAUUUAGAUUGGAUAUAAAGAAGAAGUUUUUUUCAGUGAGGGCAGUGAUACACUGCACAGGGUGCCAAGUGAGGUGGUGAUGCCAUGUCCCUGCAGACAUUCAAGGCUCUGAGCAACAAGAUCUGGCUUGUAGAUUUCCCCAUUCAUUGCAGGGACAUCAGAAGGGACCUUUAAAUGUCAUCUGGUCCAAUUCAAAUGGUUCUAUGAUACUAAGCUUAAAAUAUUCUAGAUUCUCAACCAUUAAUUUCCUCAAAAAUUGUUUUCUAUGAAAAAGUGAGAGGGAAAGAUAGCUUACAGUCUUUUAAUUACUUUUAUUUUUCUGUGGCUUAUGAUGUAAACUAAAGCAAUGACCAAUAAUGUAACAGAGAUCUAGGAUUUAUUCUUUUUUUUUAAGUCUUUUUUUUCCCCUCCCAAUUGAUUCUGUUGGCAAGGACAACAGUGUAGCAUUUGGUGGAGAAGAUGAAUAUGUGUGGGUAUGUAAGGAGUUCUUUAUCUGAUCAUGGAAUAUUCUGACCUGCAUCUCUUUCACAAGAUGAUGAAUAUACACUCUACUUGUACCAUGUGUGAUACUGAGUGGGCACCAUAGCCACGAUCUUUGCGCUUACUGAGUUCGAAUGAGAGUAGUAAAAGAUGUUUCACUCUAUUGCUGUGUAUUAUGUUUGCAUAUAAAACGUGUUGCAUUUCUGUAAUGCUUUUCAGAAGCGAUUUUAUGAGCCCAUUAGAGCCACAUAACCAUUGCUUCAUAAUGUGCUGUGCGUGCAUGACUACUGCUAACCUCAUAUUACUGGUAGAAGUUCUUAGAAACAGUAUUAAAAUCCUUUGUUUGCAUAUGGAAAUAUGCACAUAUGCAUGUGUGUUAAGUGUGUCAGAGAAGAAAACUUGGUCACUGUACCAGUUAUGGUCAUUGGAAGGACCGUGAUUUACCUGUAGGUUGGACAAGUUCAGUGUGGCUACAGCAGCAGUCCCUCAGCUGAGUAUUAUCUAUAUCUGUGGUGCAUUCUUUUAGUUUCACAUGGCUGUUACUGAGCAGACAAACUGGUCUGUUUCUUUCCUAGGAGAACUGAUAAUGGUCCUGGAGGUCAAAAGGCAGGUUUUGCAGGAUGUCUUCCUGUCUAUGCUAGGUAGGUGCAGGCACAUGAUUGGUAUCUGCAACUGCAAAAUGAAUCAGAAGCAAAUAACAUAUAUAUUAUAUAUGUAUAUAUAUAAUUCUUGAAAUAAAAUAAAUCACAGA